UUUCGCGGAGUUCCGACGAGCUUACCCCGAGUGGUGCAGCGAAGCAGGGGCCCAACAUUUACCUCACUUACCGCUUAUGGGCUUACGAUCGCUCCGCAUCUCAGGCUCUGGUAGCGACGACGCGCUGUCGUCGGGCUCCUCAUCAGAAUGCGAGGACACUCACACGCACGUGCAGCAGGACUUUCCGAUCGAGAUCCUGCCCAAUCUGUUCCUUGGCAACUCGACGAACAGCGAGGACUGUGAAGCCCUCGCCAGGCACAAUAUAAAGUACGUGCUAAACGUGACGCCGGAUCUGCCGAACACGUUCGAGGCGGAGGGCUGCGGGAUCAACUACCUGAAGAUACCGAUCGCGGACCACUGGAGUCAGAACCUGGCCGUCCACUUCCCGCAGGCGAUACGGUUUAUUGAGGAGGCGAUGUCGGCGCGGUGCGGCGUGCUGGUGCACUGCGUGGCGGGCGUGUCGCGCUCCGUCACGGUGACGCUCGCCUACCUCAUGCAGCGGCACCGGCUCUCGCUGCGCGACGCCUUCGAGCUGGUGCGCUCGCGCAAGACGGACAUCGCGCCCAACUUCCACUUCAUGCGGCAGCUGCACUCCUUCGAGCGAGACCUCGGCCUCCACGAGCGCAGCGCCCCACUGAGUAAGGUGCUGGAGGGUCUGGGCGUGCGUGAGGCGAGCGGCGCGGCGGCGUGCGGCUGCGCGCCCGCCGGCGUGUCGCCCGACUCCGGCAUCGAGUUCGACCGCUGGAGCGCCGCGCGCGACACGCCGCAAUGACACUUCGGCGACGCCCGCUCCGCCCGCGCCGCCGACUGAACGCGCCGCGCCCCCCCGCCCCCCGCCCCCGCACCACCUGCCCCCG